UGGCGGCUCGGCAGGUGCGGGCGGAGCGGGGCGGGGAGCGGCGGGGCUGCCCGGCCCCCUCCCGGCCGAUGCUGGCGCAGCGGGGCGGCGCGGCGCGGCCCCGCGGGGCUCAGAGCCCGGCGCCGGUUCGGAUUAGCCCCCGGCCGAUGGCUCCCCCGGGUCUGGCCGCCCGCGGACGGGCGGCGGCCCCGCCGGGUGGAGCGGGGCGGCCCGGCGGCCGCCGGUAAGGCUGCGCGGUGACGCCCCCGGGGCCGCGGUGGGCCGGGCCGGGACUGCCCGGCGGCGGCAGCGGCGGUAGCGGCGGCGGCGACCGCCCCGGCCCGCAUCGCGCAUCGCGGCUUCCCCCCGGCGCCCAGCCGCCGCGGCGGGAUCGGCGGGCGGCGGCGGGCGGCGACGGCGGCUCCCCGAGCGGGGGGAAGAUGCUGCCGGGGUCCAUCCAGAUCUCCGGGGAGACGCUGUCGGGGGCGGAGAUCCGGGACAUCUGCGAGAGCCUGCGGGAGAACUCGGUGCGGCUGCUGUCGCUGCGGGGCUGCCAGCUCUCCGAGCGGGACUUCGGGCACGUCUGCCGGGGGGCGGCCGAGUCCCGCUCCCUGGCCCAGCUCAACCUCAACCUGGGCAUCGUCUCCAACAUCAACCGCGUCAAGCAGCUGGCCGAGGCCCUGAAGACGAACCGCUCCGUCCAGUCCCUCUUCCUCCACGGGAGUCCCCUGACAGAUGCAGGCUUGGCCCUCCUCAACCCCGCUCUCUCCAUCCACCCCUCGCUGGUGGCUCUGGAUCUAGGAGACUGCAUGCUGGGUGAUGAAGGCAUCAACCUUAUCUGUGGGCUCCUGCCGCCUGACGGGGCCAAGUCCGGCCUCAAAGAGCUAACGCUGAGCGCCAACCCAGGCGUCACAAGCAAAGGCUGGGGACGCCUAGCCAUUGCAGUGGCUCACAGCUCACAGCUCCGUGUAUUGAACCUGGACUACAACCCCCUAGGUGACCAGGUAGCUGGGAUGCUCGCCGUCGCUGUGGCCUCCAGUCGAACCCUCGAAGUUCUGGACUUGGAGGGAACAGGACUUACCAACCAGUCAGCCCAGACCUUGCUGGACAUGGUAGAGAAUUACCCCACAGCCCUACGGACACUCAUCCUGGCGGAGAACAACAUUAGUCCCGAGCUGCAGCAGCAGAUCUCUGACCUGCUCUCGGAGGGUGAGGAAGAGGAAGAGACGGAGGCUCGCGAAGUCACAGCCAGGGAGAAGAACCCCUGGAUCUGCCAGAACAAUUCCAGCUCCCAGAUGGUCCUGAUGACGUCAGGCCUCGGUGACAGCCUCUUAGCAGAAACAGAAAUGUAGCUGGGCUACCCUGCCUGCUUCUGCCGAGAAGAGCACUGUGCCUGCUGAGGGAGCGCGUGUCCCCAGCGCCUCUGCCUCCGGUGGGCUGCCCCAGCUGUCUUCUCACACAUUUCACCUCCUCUUGAUGCCUCCCUUGGCUCUCUGAGCGCCGAAGCCUGGUCUGAGCAAAUCUCUACACGCGUCUCUGUGUUGUCACAUGCCCCGUCGGCCGCUUGUGAUUGUCCAGUCGCUGUAUGUGUAGCUCACGCUGCCCUGCCUCCCCCCUCCCCUCCGCGCCCGGCUGUGCCCGCAGGGCGCAGGCUGUAUUUAUUCAGAUGUGUAUAAGAGAUGUUCUUUCUAUUGCUUGUACCACUGUCACGAUGAGAGUUUUAUAAAGGUCACAGACGCGGCACCACUCAUGG